AUGUUGAGGGUGGAGGGGCUGUCCUGUGGCUGUUGGUGGGCGGGCGGCGAGGAAGUCGGCGGUGUUGGGCGGAAACUUGACUGGGUCCACGCGGUAAUGGCCAUGGGUGUCCGGCGCGAAUUGGAGGAGCCGUCGGCCUUGGUUGAGGCGGUGACCAAAGAAGAGAGCAACGACAAAGCCAAGAAGAUGAAGAAGGGUUCCAGCAGCGUCCAUGAAAAGAGCGCUGAGGCGUACCGUGAUGACGACCAGAUCCAUGACUGUGUGCAGUCCAAGCUUCCGACAUGGUGCCAAGAGGCUUUCCCAGGUGCCACGAAACUCAACACGGUGCAGAGCAAGGUUUUCAAGACGGCCUUUGAAGAGCACAAUGAGAAUAUGCUGGUUUGUGCCCCGACCGGCAGCGGCAAGACCAAUGUGGCCAUGUUGACGAUUCUGAAUGUGAUGAACCAAUUCCGAUUGAAGGAUGGUUCCUUCGACUUGGCCGGCUUCAAAAUCGUCUACGUCGCACCUAUGAAGGCCUUGGUGCAGGAGGUGGUCCAGAGUUUCACCCAGCGCUUGGAGAAAGCGUAUGGAGUCACGAUUCGGGAGCUCAGCGGUGACGUGAACCUCACAAAAGCUCAGAUUGACGAGACGCAGAUCAUUGUCACGACGCCCGAAAAGUGGGAUAUCAUAACUCGGAAGGCAGGUGACCAACGUGCAUACACACAGUUGGUUCGUUUGGUCAUCAUCGAUGAGAUCCAUUUGCUGCAUGACAGCCGUGGCCCUGUCCUCGAAUCAAUCGUGGCCCGCACCAUCCGCCAAAUCGAGACAACUCAGGAACACAUCCGUUUGGUGGGUCUUUCGGCCACGCUGCCGAACUACGAGGACGUGGCCGUGUUCCUCCGGGUUAAUCCAGAGAAGGGGCUGCACUAUUUCGGCAAUCAUUUCCGGCCAGUGCCAUUGGAGCAGACCUACAUUGGCGUCACCGACAAGAAAGCGAUCAAACGCUUUAAUACCAUGAACGAGGUUUGCUACGAAAAGCUCAUGGAGAACGCGGGCAAAAAUCAGGUACUGAUUUUUGUUCACUCCAGAAAAGAGACGGUGAAGACGGCGCAAACGCUGCGUGAUUUGGCAAUGCAAAACGACACACUGGCAAAGUUCUUGCAAGAAGAUUCAGCUUCAAGAGAAAUCUUGCAAACGGAGGCUCAAGAGAUGAAGACGCCUGAGGUGCAAGACUUGUUGCCAUAUGGUUUUGCAGUGCACCAUGCCGGAUUACCCCGCGCAGACCGAAAACUUGUUGAGGACUUGUACGCUGAUAGGCACAUUCAAGUCUUGGUGUCCACUGCAACAUUGGCUUGGGGUGUAAACCUGCCAGCUCACACAGUCAUCAUCAAGGGCACCCAGGUCUACAACCCGCAGAAGGGCCAGUGGGAUGAACUUUCUCCCAUGGACAUGAUGCAAAUGCUCGGUCGAGCCGGACGCCCUCAGUACGACAAGACGGGCCAUGGCAUCGUCAUCACUCAACACAGCGAAUUGCAGUACUACCUCUCAUUGAUGAACCAGCAGUUGCCCAUUGAGUCGCAGGUUCUCAGUAUCCUUCCAGACAUGGUCAACGCCGAGCUGGUGCUUGGAACAAUUCAGACACGUCAGGAUGCUGUGAACUGGCUGGGCUAUACCUACCUGUACGUCCGAAUGAUGCGUGCCCCCAGGCUCUACGGCAUUUCUCCAGAUGAGGCAGAGGAGGAUCGCUUGCUGGAGCAGAGGCGUGUAGACUUGAUCCAUAGUGCGCUGACAUUGCUCGACAAGAACAACCUCAUCAAGUACGACAAGCGCACUGGACAGGUUCAGGUGACGGCACUUGGACGUGUGGCCAGCCACUACUACAUCCAGCACCCGUCCAUUGCCACGUACAACGAUCACCUUCGUCCCAUGAUGUCGGACAUCGAAUUGCUUCGUCUCUUCUCUUUGUCCCACGAGUUCAAGUACAUCCCGGUUCGUGAAGAAGAGAAAGUCGAGAUGCAGAAACUGGUCGAGCGAGUGCCCGUGCCCGUGAAGGGAAGUACUGAUGAGCCAUCCUCCAAGGUGAAUGUCCUGCUGCAGGCAUACAUCUCCAAACUGAAAUUGGAGGGCUUCGCACUGAUGUCGGACAUGGUCUAUGUUCAGCAGUCUGCUGGACGUAUUAUGCGUGCCAUUUUCGAGAUCUGCCUGCGGCGAGGUUGGGCCGCCUUGGCCCUGAGAGCUUUGAAUUGGUGCAAGAUGAUAGGCAAGAGGAUGUGGGCGAGCCAGACUCCCCUGCGCCACUUCAAGGGUUUGGCGGAAGAUAUCCUGAGAAAGGUCGAAAAGAAGGACUUUGCGUGGGAGCGCUACUACGACCUCAGUAGUUCGGAGAUUGGCGAGCUCAUUCGCUUUCCCAAGAUGGGCAAAACGAUCCACAAAUUGGUCCAUCAGUUUCCCAAGUUGGACUUGAGCGCCUAUGUGCAGCCUAUCACGCGCUCUUGUCUCAUGGUGGAGCUGACCAUUACUCCCGACUUCCAAUGGGAUCCAAAGGUGCAUGGAAGAGCUGAACCCUUUUGGGUCUUCGUGGAGGAUGUGAACGGCGAGCAAAUCUUGCACCAGGAGAUGUUUGUCUUACAGGAGAGAGGGGCCGAAGAAGAGCACACGCUGAACUUCACAGUGCCCAUUACGGAACCUUUGCCACCACAGCAACUUGGAACGGCAAGGAGCGGUCGGACGCUACUGGGAACAAAGGGCAUCGCCACUAGGAACAUGAAUUCUUAG